AUGUCUUUGAAACCAGCUAAUAAAAUUCCAGCAGUAUUUUAUGUUAAUGCAGCAUUAUUUGACUGCGAUGGUACAUUAGUCAACUCUACAGGAGCAAUUUCUGAGUUUUGGAGGGGGUUUGCAGAAACCAGACCGCAUGUUGAUGCUGAUGAGAUCAUAAAAACAUCACAUGGUUGUAGAACCUUCGAUGUCAUUGCUAAGUGGUCACCAGACGAUGCAGUAGAAAAACAAGUUACGGAAUGGGAAGCGUCGAUUCCUGAAUCAUUCGGUCAAUAUGCAAAGCCGAUUCCAGGGGCUGUUGAGCUAGUUAAAAGAUUCGAUGAGAUAUCACGAACCCAAACUGAUAAUAAGCAUCAAAGAUGGGCGAUUAUUACCUCUGGUACUUUGCCAUUGGCUUCUAAAUGGUUGAAAUUAUUAACAAUUGAGAAGCCUGAUUGUUUUAUCACAGCUGAAAAAGUGGCGCAAGGAAAACCUCAUCCACAAGGGUACCAAUCGGCGAGAGAAAAUCUAGGAUAUGAUGCACCCCAUAAGAAGGUUGUCGUUUUUGAAGAUGCCCCUGCAGGUAUCAAGGCUGGUAAAGGUGCAGGAGCUAUGAUUGUUGGUAUAUGUUCAACCUAUGACCCUGAAAAGGUUUGGGAAUCGGGUGCAGAUAUAGUGGUGAAAGAUUUAUCGUCAUUUGAAAUAGAUCAUUAUAAUCCUGAGACUGACGAAUUUAGAGUGGUUGUUAACGAAUAUUAUUAUGCCAACGAGCAAUAUACUAUUCGUCGUAAGUCACUUGUUGGCUUAGAGGUUUAG